AUGCCCGGCGAAGGACAAUCGUUCGAACGCCAUGCCUCAGUCACACAGCAGCGUCGACUCGCGCUACAGUACAAGCGUAACGCUUGGUUAGGGCCACCGUCGGAUGCUAUCUACGCCGGUAUCUCUAGCAACUUUCAUGAUUACCAUACGUCAACUAUAGCGAUCGCAAUCCGCGAUACCACAUAUUUACUAGACUUCCUCCAGAAGCAGUUCUCACCCGAUCAAGCCUCUACAGAGGAGGCCACCGACUUCAUCAUUUCCGAGCUGAAGGCAUAUUCUAUGAAUCAUCUGGAGAAAAUUAUUGGGAUAGCAAUGCCUGAACAUGUUGCAAAUCACUGCACUCGACUGUGCCCUCGCCUUUGGGCGGAGCUCGACAUCAUUCCCUUGGUCUUGUCGAACGCAACACUAAUAGACAGAGUCAACAUCGGACAGGUUAGCGAGACCCGAGACCCGGGAUCUAAUGGAUGGAGUGAGAAGACGAUCGACGAGCAGGCUGAAUCCAUGGCGCGAAAAGGUGUUAGGCUAUUUGGACCGGACAACAUGCCCCUGCUACAAGUGGGCUUCUUCGGGCUUGUGGAAGUAGACACAGCCUACCAUGUGCAAAUGGCGGAUCUGAGCGAUUUUCAGAAAACCGUCUCGGAUAGAACUUGGUCCGCGAUGCAGCACUAUGCCAAUGAAUUGAAAGAACGCAAUACCAAAGUGGCAUUUUUCAGCUCCACGCCUCAGGGUGGUGGUGUGGCUUUGAUGCGGCAUGCUCUCUUGCGAUUUUCACAUUGUCUGGGUACCAACAUUAAAUGGUACGUCCCGAAACCACGCCCGGGCGUCUUCCGAGUGACCAAAACAAACCACAAUAUCCUGCAAGGUGUCGCCGAUCAAGAUGACCGCUUAACACCAGAGAACAAGAAACUCCUGACGGAGUGGAUUGAGGAGAAUACCAGGCGAUACUGGACCCGACCAGGCGGACCUUUACUUUCACCAGCAGAGGGCGGCGCAGAUGUCGUAAUCGUCGACGAUCCCCAGAUGCCAGGCAUCAUUCCCAUCGCAAAGAGACUAGCUCCAAAUCGACCAGUUAUAUUUCGAAGCCACAUUCAAAUUCGAAGUGACCUGGUUGCAAUAUCUGGCUCUCCACAGGCAGAGGCCUGGGAAUACCUGUGGGAUAGUAUUAAACAAGCAGACUGUUUUAUCAGUCACCCUGUGAGCGCAUUCGUGCCACGGAAUGUGCCCCCAGAGAUAGUAGGCUAUAUGCCUGCAUCAACUGACUGGCUGGACGGGCUGAACAAAACCAUGCGCGACUGGGACAUCGCGUACUAUGGCCGCAUCUUCAAUACAGGCUGUCACAACUCGGAUAUGCCAACUAUCCAAUGGCCCGAGGACUCAUAUAUCGUCCAGAUCGCGCGGUUCGACCCGUCAAAAGGCAUCGUGGAUGUGUUAGUUUCGUACGAGAAAUUUUACAACAAACUAGUAGCCGAAGCGCCUGAUAUGCACCCUCCCAAACUAGUGAUUUGUGGAGACCGCUCAGUAGAUGAUCCCGACGGAGGGCGGAUCUACGACGAUGUAGUCGACUACCUGGACAAAAGAGUCCCAGAUAUCCGCCAUCUGAUCUGCGCGAUGCGGGUGCGGCCCUGCGACCGAAUCCUGAACGCCAUUCUCUCCAAGGCGACUAUCGCACUGCAACUAUCUACAUCCGAAGGUUUCGAGGUAAAAGUCUCCGAGGCAAUCCACAAAGGCAAACCAGUAAUCGCCACGCGUGCCGGCGGCAUCCCGUUGCAGGUGACGCACGGGAAGAAUGGGUUCUUGGUUGAUGUUGGCGAUACCGAUGCUGUGGCGCAGCGCUUGUUUGAGCUCUGGACAAAUCACGAUCUGUAUACCCGCAUGUCGGAAUACGGCAUGCAAAAUGUAAGUGAUGAAGUGAGUACCGUGGGAAAUGCUCUCGCCUGGCUCUAUCUCUCUUCCAAGUUGCCGUAUGGACCUGUUCUGCCCAAUGGACGUUGGAUCGAGGAUAUGGCGUUUGAAGAGAUUGGUCUCCCUAACAAGAACGACGAUUUGCGGCUCAAACGCGCAGUCCAGGUGGAGAAUAUGGGUUAG